AUGUCACAAAAAACGCAAGAGCCCGUCAUCACCAAGAUCUCUGACCUCGCCACGGCUGACGCCCGCUGGGUGACGUUGAAAAAGCUCGACUACGUUGAUCAGGUCGGCAAGUCGCGCUCCUGGGAGGUCGCCACGCGCAAGACGACGAGCAAGGCAGGCAUCGACGCCGUCGCCAUGGGCAACAUCCUCCUCCACCCGUCCAAGCCGGCCUCUACCAUGCUCGUCAUUCAGUACCGGCCGCCCCUCGACUCUUACACUGUCGAAUGGCCGGCUGGCCUCGUCGACGCCGACGAGACGGCCGAGCAGGCCGCCGUCCGCGAGUUCAAGGAGGAGACGGGCUACGAGUGCAAGGUCCUCAGCGUCAGCCCGCCGCAGGCGGCCGAUCCCGGUAUGACCAACGCCAACAUGCAGAUGGUCAUGGUUGAGGUCCAGCUCAAGGACGGUGAGCCGGAGCCGGAGCAGCGCCUGGACGACGGCGAGCACAUUCAGCGGGUGGUCGUACCUCUGGCGGAGCUCUACGACAGACUGGUCGAAUACUCCAAGCAGGACCGUAUGAUUGUCGCGGCUAAGCUGUUUCACUUCGCCGCUGGCAUGAACUUUAUGAAGACGCAGAAGUACUUUUGA